AUGAGUCAACUGUGGGCGAGCUACUACGCGGACAAUGUCGAACGGUUCCGGCGGCUGUUGUCGCUGACGGGCCACAGUGCCCAGGCGGUAGCGGUGUGGAAUGCCAACAGCAGCGGGACCGGAAGCAUUGGAGGAAGCGGCAGCUUUGAAGAGGGCAUCAUCAGCAGCAGCAGCAGCAGCUACAAGACACGCAAGGCGUCGGGUCACCAGGCCAAAGCGGGGGCAGCAGGCACCGUGGGCAAGAGCGCGAUCAACAGUGUGGACCAUGCAGGACUGACGAUUCUGCUGCGGGCGGCUUCGUCGACGUCGGACAGGGCGGGUGCAUUUGUGCAGGCGCUACUGGAGCACCCGGCGAUCGACAUCUACGUGCAGGAUGCGGAGAGCGGGUGGAACGCGCUGCACCGGGCGUUGUAUGCGGGCAAUAUUGGGAUUGCGCGGAUGCUGCUGCAGAAGGAGCGGAUGGACAUGGCGGGCCAGACGCUGGGGGCUCCGACUGGCCGGACAGGACAGCUGAUCAAGACCAAGGACCACGAGGGCAACAGUCCGUUUGAGCUGUACAACUCGACGAUCGGCGAGCGAAUGCUGGAGGCGCUGGACGACAAGACGAAGGACUCGGGGCAGGACUCAGACAGCGACGAGGUUGCGGAGCAGCAGAACAAGGCGCAAGCGGGCGGACAGUCAGGACUGGGAAGUGGAGAGGAGCUCUUCUUCUUUGGCAGCAACAAGAACCUGACGCUGGGGCUGGGUGACGGCGACGACCGGCAGUUCCCGGAACGGGUGUAUCUCCGACGACCGGACGACCUGCUGCACCGGUUCUACGAGGAACAUCUGGAAGCGACGGCAAGGAUGACGACGACGACGACGACGACGAGCCCGACAGACGAAGCACGGCACGACGUGGCGGACAUUCCGGUGCUGGUACAGGGGCGGCCUUUGGUGAUACAGGACGUGGUGCUGUCGAAGCUACACAGCGCGGUGCUGACGACGGACGCGGUGUCGAACCUGUACGUAUGCGGGAUCGGACGCGGCGGACGGCUGGGGCUCGGGGACGAGAACACGCGGUUCUCGUUUGUGCCGGUGCAGGGACCGCUGGCGGACAAGCACGUGGCGGCGGUAGCGCUGGGGCAGAACCACACGAUGGCGGUGACGGACGGGGGCGAGCUGUGGACGUGGGGAUCGAACAGCAGUGCGCAGCUGGGAUACACGCUGGCGGGGGGGCCUUCGCGGACGGACGAGGAGGCGAUGAGUGCAGUACCGCGACAGGUGUUUGGACCGCUGCGUAAGGAGCGGAUCCUGGGAGUGGCAGCGUCGGGACUGCACUCGGUGGCGCACACGGGCAGCUCUCUGUACUGCUGGGGACGCAACGUGGGUCAGCUGGCGCUGAUGGACGCGGACUCGCGGUCGUUAGACGUGCAAGCGGUGCCGCGACGGGUGGCGGCGUCGCUGUUCUCGUCAGCGAUCGUGGCAGUGUCAGCGAUCGACAGGGCGACGACGUGUCUGCUGGCGAACCACACGGUGUGUGUGUUCACGAGCUACGGUUACAACAUUGUCAAGUUUCCGUUUGCCGGCGGACUGAGCGGACGGUUUGAGCCGGGACGCAGCCAGAUCGACAAGAUCGCGUCAGGCGGCGAGACGAUCGCGGCGGUGACGAGUCGGGGGGACCUGUUUACGAUGAGUCUGACGGGGACGACAUCGACAUCGACAUCGACAUCGACGACCAACCCGUCCAAGAUCCGUGAGGCGUUGACGCCGGCACGAUGCAUCUGGAGCGCGCGCAAGGAUGGAGUGCGAUCAGUUGGAGUGGGCGAGCAGGGCUCUGUGAUCAUCAGCACGUACUCGGGAGCGGUGUGGCGGCGGGUGCGACGGGCCAAGGCCAAGGGAAAGGGCGGCGACUACAAGUUCCAGCGGGUGCCGUUUAUCAGCAACGUGGCGACGGUGCGCAGCUCGGCGUUUGGGGCGUUUGCGGCAAUUCGAUGCGACUCGGCGGUGAUCCAGGAGCAGAUCGGAGUGGCUGAGCAGACGCUAUGGGACGACGUGGCGCCACUGCAUGUGCUCCAGGGAUUCGAGGCGUCGGCGGGCGGAGACACGCUGCAGUUCUGGAAGACUGACGUGCUGAAGGAAACGCUGGGGCCGAUCGCGUAUGAGAUUCUGCGGUCAGGCGAUCUGGAGGCGGAUCUGACGCGCCAUCUGGAGGUGUGGGCAUGUCACCAGCAGACGGAUCUAGGGGCUGUUGUGGUGUGUUCUUCGCUGGCACCGAAACUACAGAUCCCAGUGCACAGCUGGAUUCUGACAGCACGAAGCAGUGUGCUGCGAGAGGCGAUGACAGAGCAUCGGGACGUCCCAGAGGUCUGCUCGAUCGAGACGGGGCUCGAGAGCGACGAAAGAACGACAGUCGUCACAUUUGCCGAUCUGGAUCUGCUGAGCCUGCUGAACAUGGUGCUGUACAUGUACGAGGACCGGGUGAUUCCAGUGUGGAACUACAGCCGACAGGCAGCGCCUGUGGCACAUCGAUACCGACAGGUGCGAACGGAGGUGAUGCGGCUGGCGACACGAUUGAACAUGGGAGCACUAGAGAGUGCAGUGCGAAUCCAGACGGAGCCGAAGCGAACGCUAGACGCAGACAUGCGGGCAGCGAUGCAAGACAGCCGUUUCUUUGCCGACGGGGACGCAGUGGUGGAGCUCCAGGACGGGGCGACAGCACGGGUACACAGCGUGCUGAUGUGUCGACGAUGUCGCUGGUUUGACGGCCUGUUCCACGGCCGCUCAGACGGACGCUGGCUGGCAGCACGACGAGCAGCCCUGCAGCCAGGAGAGUCAGUGCGGUUAGAUCUGAGGCACAUGGACGCGGCCGCGUUUGGCUUCGUGUUGGAGCAGCUGUACGCCGACGUGGGGACGGCGCUCUUUGACGAGCUGCGGGCGCCGAGCCUGGAGGCCUUUCUGGACGUCGUGCUGGCCGUGCUGGCGAUGGCUGACGAGCUGACGGUCGACCGGCUCGCGCAGGUGUGCCAGCGGGUCAUCGGCCGGCUUGUCGACACGCGCAGCGUGGCCCAGAUGCUCAACCUCGUAGGCGGCUACGCCGUGCGCCAGCUGACUGAUGCUGCUCUCGAAUAUGUCUGCCUGCAGAUGGAGACCAUGCUGGAGAACCAGCUGCUGGACGAGCUGGACGGCCGUCUGGUGGCCGCGCUGGACCGCGUCGUGCGGGUCAACCAGCUGGCCCAGAUGCCGUUUGCACGCAGCGGACGGGCCGAGGCUGAGCUUCUGGAGCGACACCCAAGGCUGGCACAGGAGAUGGACGAGGAGCGACAGCGGCGGGUGCGCGAGAUGGCGUUUCGAGGGGGGGGAGGAGGAGGAGGAGGAGGAGGAAGUGGAAGUGGAGGUGGAGGAGGGACUGGAAAGACACAGACACCCAAGACACGACGAAACGAACCUUUCAGCUCGGUUCUGCAGCCAGAGACAUCGCAGGCCGACUUGAUGUUUGCUAUGGAAGAGGUGGGCGAAAGUGUAUCGAGUCCGGUCAGCCGAAUGGCAUCACAAAAGACCAUUCGGCUUAGUCAGCGGAGAGUUACUACGCCUUUGAGUGUUACGAGUACUACUACGUCGAGUACACCUACGACGACGACGACCACCACCCCCUGGGCACCACAGCCAGCCCCGAAGCAGGACCUGCGCGCCAUCAUGUCGACCGAGUCGGUCGAGUGGACGCUGGUGACAUCGUCGCCGCCGGCAGCAGCCUCGCAGGCCAGCCGGACAUCAGCACUGUCAGCCAGCAUCGACGCCCAAAGGCUGGCGGCCACGGCCAAGAUGACGCCAGCAAAGCUGUCGCAGAAAGAGCGGAAGAAACAGCAGCAGCAGCAGCAGCAGCAGCAGAUGAGCCAGACGGCCAGCACAAGGGAGUCCAAGGGGAUGGCUUGGGACACAUCCGAAGGAAGACGGCCGUCUGGACCCUGGCAGAUGGAGGGACAAAGUGGGAGUGGGAGUGGGAGUGGGAGUGGAGGGGGAGGGGGAGGGGGAGGGGGAGGAAUGGGCGCUCACCCUCCGCGACCAGAGUCUGGAAGUCCAAAAAGUCCAUCUACUACAAGCACUCAUCUGGUACCUCUCCCUAAAGCCCACAUCCACCGAGCAGCCUCACCAGACACCCGGUUUGCCGGCCAGACUCGAUCCCAGCCGACAGCCUCUCCCUCGUCGACAACGAAGCCGAUGGUUCCACACUCGCGCGUGUACCUGCGACCGGCACCAAAGGCGGAGCCGAUUCUGGGCCUGAGCAUGGCCGACAUCAUUGUGCAGCAGCAGCUGGAGCAGGAAAGCAUGCGGGAGGCCGUGGCCAAGCGCAGCCUGCAGGAGAUCCAACAGGAGCAGGCCUUUCAGGAGUGGUGGGACCAGGAGAGCCGGCGAGCGCAAGAGGAAGCGGAGGGAAGAGGAGGAAGGGGAGAAGGAGAAAGAGAAGGAGAAAAUACCAGAGGUACGAGAAAGACAAGGGGAGGCCGCGGUGGGAGAGGUCCCAAAGGCAAGGAAGUGCGGCCAGAAGACAAGGACAGGGACAAUGCCCGCAAAGCCCGGCCCAAGAAUCGGGGUCGUGGCAACAAGGCGUAG